AUGCACAACCAAGACAAGCAAAGCGACAGCAACCUAAGUGAGCACUCCGAGCUCGACGAUGUGCAAGAUGCCUCCGAUGGCGAGGUCGAAUCUGCGCCCAUAAUCGAAGGACAAGAGCAGACGCUGGCAAUCCCGCCUCUGCCACCACAAACAACUCCAGCAGGUCCAUUCCAGAUCCAGACUCCAGCAAGCCAAGUCCAAGUCCAGAGUAGUACUGCGGUAACGAGUGCUCCUCGAGCGCCCGCGACCACAUCCACGACAUCUAGCAGGGCGCGUCUUAGCAUUCAAGCUGGUACAUUGCAUCCCCAGCCAUCCGCCAGCUCAAGUGCUGUUCCGCCGCCUCUAACAGCCAUGCCUCCACCCUCUACACCACAGACCAUGGUCACCAUCCGCCAAAACAUGGCACCAUACCACGGCGCUCAGCAGAUCACCCUCGACGUUGCCAGACUUCGCGACUUUGCCAGGCACAACAUGCUCAGAAUUCAAGCUGCGGGCGAUUCGGGAGGUUCGACGGACAGAUUGAUUCAUUUCCGUAACCCGAAAGGAAACGCACCGCCCGAGGAGUUUGCCAAAGAUGGAAGACCUACAGCAACCGGAAAGCUCAUGCCGUUCUUCCUCGAUAAGAGGCUUUUCACACGUGAGGAGUGGCACGCCUUGACGACUGACUGGAUGAGCAUUUCUGAUGAAAAUCCAGAUGGUAUUCGAGCCGGGCGAUUGGCUUCGCUGAGCAGGUUGAAGAUUCGCCAAGUUCCAAGCAUAGAACCUCCGCAGCACUACGAUUAUGGGGCGGACUUGCUACCAACUCUCUUUCCCGACGCGACGCCCCUAGCAAAUAUCGACCGCAAGUUGCAAAAAGGGCAGAAUGCCAUGAGUGUAAAGCAGUCUGAGCCUCACAGCAAGCCUGCAAACGUAGAAAGCGAGCCGAAGAAGGCGAAGCAGCCUGAGCCUCCCAGCAAGCCUGCGAACGUACAAAGCGAGCCGAAGAAGGCGAAGCAGCCUUCAGCCACGGAGCGUCAAGAAUCUCCAAGCAAGACCCAAGGCGCGAAGAAAGGGUCAGCGGGCUCAGUUGCUCCGGGGGUGGAUUCAAGCCCGACGCAAGGUCGCAAAAAUGGUGGAGGCCGUUCUCGACGUGGAAAAGUUCGAAAAUCAGCCAAGGACUUCUUCCAGCACAUCGAAGACCGCCCGCGCGCAGGAAACCGAGCAGCAGCUCCCGCCAAUCGCCCAGAGCACGGAGAGACGAUAACUCCACAGACAGCAGUAGCGGAGCCGCCGAGACGCGACUCAAGGCCUGAGGGUGGUCCGUCAGCUUCGGGAGGCUUACCUCCAAGCCAGGGAGACCUAGAAACAGCUGCUGUAAUCACCCAGAGCAAUGAAGACAUGAUUGAAGGACCGGCCUUUACAAUCGUCGAGAGCGACGAAGGGAUGGGAGAAGAGCCUGCUCCUACAAUCAAUCAAAGCGACGUUGAAAUGGGAGAAGCUCCAGUCGGCCCAGCACAUUCAGCAAACACACUGAUGGGCAACUCUCAACAUACGAGUGUCGCGGCCUCCGCUCCUGUCCGCUUAGGAAGUGUAUCCACGGCAUAUAUCCGCCCAGGAGCUGUCUCCACAGCACAGUAUCAGUUCAGCUUUCAACUCAUGCCGCCUCCACCACCUGCCAAUCCUGAUCCACGACCGUGGUCAGAUCCGGCGCGGUACAGAGAAUUCCACGCAAACAAUCGCUAUAAAGGUCCAGGUUCCGAAGGCUACGACAACCUCUCUGACAAUGGUUCUGAUUGA